CCCAAGCACAACUAAAAUGUGCUGAGGAAGUCUAUGACAUGUCGUCUGCUCUGCAUAUAAUGUCUGACCUACACCCUACGGCGCUGCUCAUCACGCCGUCAACGUUCCCUCGAGCAGCGAAGAAAUGACUGACACGCCUGCUGCGCAGCUCCAAGGCGACCUCCGCGCCUCGAUAGCACAAUCACUCGAGGCACAACGACCCCUAUUGCAUCACCUCAACGCCGAUUCGUCCUGGCUACUGCAGAUUCCACGGCCAAAGGGUGGACGGAAGAGUGGGAAUUUCAGGAAAUUCUAUAAUGUCCUGAUUGAUCCGUGGUUAGCGGGUGGUCAGAGUGAUGUGGCGAGCUGGUUCAGCCAGCAGUUUCAUGCGACUGAGAGCAAGGUCGGGAGCAUAGAAGAGGUGGAGCAAUUGAUACGUCGUGUUGAAGGUGGAGGUGGUGAAGAAGAGGGUCUUAGGGUCUCGUCUGAGCCAGGACCUAGCCAGAUUGAUGUCGUGGCUAUCAGUCAUGAAUUCACAGAUCAUUGUCAUAAGGAAACGCUCAUGCAAGUACACCCCGACGUAGCAGUAUUUGCGAACGAUCGUGCGGUAUCGGUUAUUCAAGGCUUCAAACACUUCCGCACCAUAGUGCCCAUCCCCGCCUUCCAGCCCGACGGUGAUACAGACUGGCGCAUAACCUCUCUUCCUCCUCUGCCGGACUGGGUCUCCAUCACACGCCUCAUCAAUCCUGCCGAUGCACUCUACUACCAUGCCGCGCUCAUGAUCACAUUCCCAUCCUCGCAGUCCCAGAAACCUGCCGACUCGCCAAUAUCCUCACCUGUCGACAUGCCCGCGGAAGCGAUCAUAUACACACCGCACGGCAUAUCCGCGUCCGCGAUCCCAGACCUGCGCUCUUUGUCGCCUCCGAUCCAUACGCUCGCGCUCUUACACGGACUACACGCCAUCACGCUCACGAAGCAGAAGCUGAAUCUAGGUGCUCACAACGGGUUGCAGGCGCAAAGGAAGCUGCAAUCGCGAUAUUGGAUUGGUACACAUGACGAAAUCAAAAGAGGCGGUGGGAUCGUGGCGAGGUUUCUGAGACGGAAAGUGAUUACGCUGCAGGAGGCGGUGGAGCAGGAGAAGCAAGGGAUGAAGGAGGAGGAGCGAAGGCAGUGGGCAGAUGUUGGGUUCUUGGAGGUGGAGAAUGGUGAGAGUGUGUUGCUGAGAUGACGGGGACGUAGAGAUAUAGAUGUGCAUAAUACAAGUAUCAGUAGCAAGCUGAAGGAGC